AUCUAUAGUGAUCUGAAACUUGACAUCAAAGUAAUAGUUGUUAAACCGGAGCCAAAAUACACCGUCGAUACAAAGCCAGUGCCGCCGACCACUGGACACACAUUAGACAACAAAUAUAUUGAGAUUUGCGAUACGAGUAGUGAUGAAAACAGUGGACUUGAAAUAGUGGCUGAAUAUCUGCGCCACAAUUGCGGCCAAUCAUUGACCAGACAUACGGCUGACGGCCAGUGCCUGCCAUUAGCGGAGUCUAAAGUGACAGUCAGUUCCGAUAUCAAAACAAAGUGCGAAACAGUGACA